GGUUGCGGCUAGCCUUGGCGUUUAGUAUCCCACACGCCCCUUCCCUGUAGCCUUUGGGUGUGUUUCUAGACUCAUCCACGUCGCCUGGGGGCCAAGAUGGAUGGCUGUGGGGGGAGGGGGGCAGACCAAAGACGAUUGACGGAUGAUUCUCGUGAGGAUCUUAUGUACAAGCAGUAUACGAUUCAAACGGAUGCUGUUUGCUUCGACCCUGUCUUCGGCCGCCAAAUAAGACCUCUCCUCCACCACAACCCCUCCAUGCCACCCAAUCCUUACUUCUCUCCUUGUCUGUUCGCCACGAUCUUCGCUUGCACCGUGCAUUUUGGCCAGCUAUACACCUCUGAUCUUCUCCAGUGCCAAUGUCGAUGAAUUGCCCGACGUGAUAUUACUAGCACAGACAACCACUUACUCGAGCCUGACGACCUCCACUCUUGAAUUUCUACGCGACCUGUAAAGGGAAAUAGAGGAGCAAAGGACGGGGAAAAAAAGGCCUUUGUGAUCUUCACACUCUAUUGAUC